CCUCACACGAGCGCUUCCUCGCCGAGAGGCUGGAGCUGCGGCAGCGCAGGCCUGGGCCGCCGCCGCGUCUCCGCCGCCCGCUUCAGUUUUCCCCGGGGCUCUGGGGGCCGCUCGUCCGCCGACGCGCCUCAGAGUCUGACUAUGUAGCCCAGGAUUGCCAGCAUUCAUUAUAUAUCCCAAGUUUAUCUUGAGCAUGCAAUCCUUUUCCGUCAGCUUCCCAAGUACUGAGAUUACAGGAAUUUAACAAGAAACUGAAGUUUUGAUUCAAAUAUUUUUUGAAUUGAAGCCAGAAAUGUACUAAGAUUUUUAUUCUUUCAUUUGAUUAAGGUAUGGUCUGAAUAUGCGUUGUUUGGCAGCUCGGGUCAACUAUAAGACUUUGAUUAUCAUCUGUGCGCUAUUUACUUUGGUCACAGUACUUUUGUGGAAUAAGUGUUCCAGUGACAAAGCAAUCCAGUUUCCUCGGCACUUGAGUAGUGGAUUCAGAGUGGAUGGAUUAGAGAAGAGAUCAGCAGCAUCUGAAAGUAACCACUAUGCCAACCACAUAGCCAAGCAGCAGUCAGAAGAGGCAUUUCCUCAGGAACAACAGAAGGCACCCCCCGUUGUUGGGGGCUUCAAUAGCAAUGGAGGAAGCAAAGUGUUAGGGCUCAAAUAUGAAGAGAUUGACUGUCUCAUAAACGAUGAACAUACAAUUAAAGGGAGGCGAGAGGGGAAUGAAGUUUUCCUUCCAUUCACUUGGGUAGAGAAAUACUUUGAUGUUUAUGGAAAGGUGGUCCAGUAUGAUGGCUAUGAUCGAUUUGAAUUCUCUCAUAGCUAUUCCAAAGUCUAUGCACAGAGAUCACCUUAUCACCCUGAUGGUGUGUUUAUGUCCUUUGAAGGCUACAAUGUGGAAGUCCGAGAUAGAGUCAAGUGUAUAAGUGGAGUUGAAGGUGUGCCAUUAUCUACACAGUGGGGGCCUCAAGGCUAUUUCUACCCAAUCCAGAUUGCACAGUAUGGGCUAAGUCAUUACAGCAAGAAUCUAACGGAGAAACCCCCUCACAUAGAGGUAUACGAGACAGCAGAAGACAGGGACAGAAACAUCAGACCUAAUGAAUGGACUGUGCCCAAGGGCUGCUUCAUGGCCAGUGUGGCUGACAAGUCUCGAUCUACCAAUGUUAAACAGUUUAUUGCUCCAGAGACCAGUGAAGGUGUAUCUUUGCAGCUGGGAAACACAAAAGACUUCAUUAUUUCAUUUGACCUCAAGCUCUUAACAAAUGGGAGUGUGUCUGUGGUUCUGGAGACCACAGAAAAGAAUCAGCUCUUCACUGUGCAUUAUGUCUCAAAUACCCAGCUAAUUGCGUUCAAAGACAGGGACAUAUACUACGGCAUUGGGCCCAGAACUUCGUGGAGUACAGUUACCAGAGACCUGGUCACUGACCUCAGGAAAGGAGUGGGCCUUUCUAACACAAAAGCUGUCAAGCCAACCAAAAUCAUGCCCAAAAAGGUGGUUAGGUUGAUUGCAAAAGGGAAGGGAUUCCUGGACAACAUUACCAUCUCAACCACAGCCCACAUGGCUGCAUUCUUUGCUGCUAGUGACUGGCUAGUGAGGAACCAGGAUGAGAAAGGUGGCUGGCCAAUUAUGGUGACCCGGAAGUUAGGGGAAGGGUUUAAAUCUUUAGAGCCAGGAUGGUACUCUGCCAUGGCACAAGGGCAAGCCAUCUCUACCUUAGUCAGGGCCUAUCUUCUAACAAAAGACUAUGUCUUCCUCAAUUCAGCUUUAAGGGCAACAGCCCCAUACAAGUUUCUGUCAGAGCAGCAUGGAGUUAAAGCCAUGUUCAUGAAUAAACAUGACUGGUAUGAAGAAUAUCCAACCACACCUAGCUCUUUUGUUUUAAAUGGCUUUAUGUAUUCUUUAAUUGGGCUGUAUGACCUAAAAGAAACAGCAGGGGAGACGCUUGGGAAAGAAGCGAGGUCCUUGUAUGAGCGCGGCAUGGAAUCUCUUAAAGCCAUGCUGCCCUUGUAUGAUACUGGCUCCGGAACCAUCUAUGACCUCCGCCACUUCAUGCUCGGCAUUGCUCCCAACCUGGCCCGCUGGGACUAUCACACCACCCACAUCAACCAGCUGCAGCUGCUCAGCACCAUCGAUGAGUCCCCAAUCUUCAAAGAAUUUGUCAAGAGGUGGAAAAGCUACCUUAAAGGCAGUAGGGCAAAGCACAACUAGAGCUCGAAACCAAAAGUGCAUUCCAGCCUCUUCUGUGCUGGCCGGCGGCAGAGCUCAGCAGCACGUCAGUCGCACAUUUUAAUGCUGUGUCCUGGGUUUGUGAGUCACAGCACUGUGAGAGACCCUUACAGUUAGGCUUCUGAAACAGUUGCAUUCCAUGGGUCAGGUGCUUAGAAAGGGAGCUAGGAGAGUGCUCAGUCAGUGCACUGAACAAAGACCUCUGCCCACUCAUCAUAUAGACCUCCAUGCAGAGUUGCUCUCAGUCUGGGGAAGAUACUGGUAAGUCACUGCUGCUAGCCUGCUGCCCAGCACUUACCUAAAACUUUGUAUGGAGUGCUUUUAAAAUGUGAUUAUUUAUAUUUAUACUGAAAGCAGGCUUUUGGAAAUCAGUGUGCUGUACUGCAGUAAACGUGUGUAUAGCCUGGAUCGUGGACUGUUUUUACAAGUGUUUCUUUCCAGUAGAUUUAUUUCUUGAGAGGGAGUGAGCAUUUGUUGCAUUUGUUCAAUUAUAUAUGAAAAAUAUUUUGAAUUAUGGUUUUCUUGAACUCUGUAUAUCUAAACACAACCCGUGUUCAGGUUUCAUGGUCACAUACAUAAGCACAACUAAAAUGAAACUUGUUGACUGCACAAGAAAUUACAGACAUGCUAUGUUUUAUGAAACUUGGUCUACAAUCAAUAAAAAAGUUUGAUAAUCGUCUUCCCCACCUCUGCUCUAGUGCAGUGUGUCUGUGUCACUAUCUAGAAGGCCGAAUUUCAUUUCAUACUGUCCUUUAGUAGUUCUGUCCAAUGAGAGGACAUUACCCACGAUGUCAGUUAUAAGCCUAAACUUAUGACAGACUUAAUGAUUUGAAACUGACCAUUGGUACUUCCUCCUUAAAAGAGAAGUGCUAGGUUAAAUGUCACGUUUAGGAGUCAAAGUUUCUCCUGCCUGGGAUGUUGCCAUUGCUUUUCACGUCAUUGUUUCUGUCCUCACUGUUUCUCUGAAGCCUAAUUUUGAAUGAUUCCAGCAUUGAAAGAGAAGAGAUGCUACUGUGUCUGCUGUCUGUGUGCCAUCAGAUCUGUAAGUGAGUUUCAGAGUCCUAAUGCCAUGGACAGUGUCUGCUGUAAGGCUUCGGGCAUUAGGUCAAAGCAACGGGGAUUGGUUUUGCUCUGGUUUUUGUUUAGGGUGUGAUAAAAUGGACACAAUUGGGGAACAUGAGCCUCACACUUUCUAGGGACAAACAAUGGAGCUUAUCCAUGCUGUUGGUCAGAUGCACGUUUAAGACGAAGUAGAUGAUCUGCCCACACAUUGUACUUCUGUUGAAUUCAGCUAAAAAGUGCUAUUGAAACUGGAACACACACACACACACACACACACACACACACACACAAUGAUACAUAUGUAAACUAUAUGAGCAUCAAAGGAGACAGGAAAGAAGAUCAGUACUGAAGACAAUAUUAAAUUAUUGAAAAAUAAGCUUAGACUCCCAGUUUAUAUGACCACACCUUACUUUUGGCUACAACGUAACUAGUGUGGCCAUUAGUUUCCCCAGCUUUUACCUCUGUGGUUCUCACACACUAGGUGUUUCAACAACAUCUGAACAUGCACAUUUUGUCUCAGCAAUAAAAAAUGAAGACUCCCUUUUUAUUUUCAGUACCCAUGUUCAAAACAAGUUUGCCCACCUGGGAGCACUGUUCACUAUCAGACUUGUUACUGGAGUGGCCCCGACUUCUGCUCUGUUUGCAUACUGAUCUUCAGAUGAGAGGAGUCAGUGAAAUCAUCCUGGAACUGAUUUUGUGACAAACACCAGUGCCUUACCAAUGUGGUUGUCCUUUUCCACUGAAGAGGGAAAGUCGUUUUGUUUUGUUUUUGUUUCUGUUUCUGUUUUGAUGUAGAAAUAGCAGUUCACUGCUGUUGCUUUUCCACUGCCCUCCACAUUGCCAUAGCUACUUGACUUGUCUUGUGGUCCCAGAAUUCCCUAAAAGGCCACACUGAGCCUGUGACAAUACUGUCAGUGCUUGGCUUGUCAGAUGUGAGGAUGCCUUUGUGUCACCUGGAGGUUAACAAAAUGAGACUCUGGGUGUACAGGAAGUCUGCCUGUGAAGUGGGAUCCACAGCAAGUUUGGCAGGUGGGAGAACCAUGCAUGUGUGGAGGAACACUGCCUGGGACCUAUACGUUUUUGCCUCCAGAAAACUACAAAGAUCCCUAGGUUUUUAAAUCAUGUAAAUGUUUACUUAUCCUGAGUAUAAAGAGAAUAGGGAGGUUAUUUUAAAUUUUUGUUGUGAUUCUUUCAUUUUUUUCCUUUAAGGAUAUUGGUUUGGUUCACUUAUCUGAGUUAGCUUCCGUGUUGAAUCUGUUGCCAUUUCAGUAGUAAAACAGCCAAAAGUUUCUAGCAAAGGGCAGGUUUGACCUUUAGGAGUUACUGUAUAUAACGGCUUCAUUCAAGAGCCACACGGUACCCUGUGAGAUGUGCAGAAAUGUCACAAGCACUCUCCAGAAGUGCUGGGCCUCUGUCUUUGUUGGUGUACAGACUCUUACCAAAAGCUGCUGGUUUGUUCUUGUAAUUGUUUCCUUGCUUCUCCAUUGUACAUGUGGGGUAUAUGCCAUGUGUCAAAUAUGCAAUAAUGUGUUUACCGGAUGCCCUUCUGGAGGGUGGUCCUCUGUAAAGCUGUACAGCCUUUGCAGUUCAAGCACAAUGUGCACAUGUUAGUUUUAUAUACAGCAAAAACUUGAUUUUUUCAAAUGGAAAGGUAUUUUGUUUCUAUACAAAGUUAAAUGAGUUGUUUGUGCUUAAUGUAAAGCUGCUUUAUAAAAUUGUAAAAUAAAGUUUUUAUCUCGAAAAGAAA